AUGCUCGAAACCUUGUUGCAGCUGACGACAUUGUUGGAAUCCAAGGCGAAGGUGUUCAGUCAGCUGAGGAAUUGUCAACUUGUCGAACUCUUUGGUCAUCCGACACGUGGAUACGUGAUUAUCACUUUCGGAAUCAGCAAAGAGCAAGACAGAUCGAUACACACUGAGGAAGUGAUUGAAAAUCUGUAUCAUUAUUUUAACAAACAGACCAUGGGAAAUGCAAAUCUGCCAGGACCUGUAGUCGGCAAAGUCCGCCAACAUGUGAUUUCCGUAGAUGAGCUUGGAAAUACCAUUAUUCGGUUUGGCAUGGAAAUAUACGAAAAUGGUCAAUUUCAUGAAUGGUGCAUGGCAUACAACACUGUGACAGAGCUGAAAAAAAUUGAAGAGAGUAUUUGCCCAAGGGUACGAAGCCCCUAG